AUCCAGUUCAAGUAUUUGAAGUUUCAAUCCUUGUUCUACUUUAAGCUCAUUAGAUCCAUUUCAAAGAAGGCCAUGGGUUUCCGUUUGCCCUCUAUGGUUCAUGCCAGGCAAAUCCUCAAACUGCAAUCUCUUCUUACUAGAAGUCAAUCAUCUAUAUUAGCGACAACAGCAGAAGUGCCAAAAGGCCACUUUGCAGUUUAUGUUGGAGAAGCAGAGAAGAAGAGAUUUGUGGUUCCAAUAUCUUACUUGAACAAUCCUUCAUUCCAGAAAUUAUUGAGCCAUGCUGAGGAAGAAUUUGGCUUCAAUCAUCCAAUGGGUGGUGUCACAAUCCCAUGCAAUGAAGAUGCUUUCAUUGAUAUCGCUUCUCGGCUACAUUCAUUAUGAGAGAAGGAAGAGUUAAGAGUUAGGAAAUAGUCGGCACCUUAAGUCCAUUUUCUCCAAUUUUGACUCAUUUAUAUCAUUCCUUUGAUGUACAUAAAUUGACAGAGGGAUAAGAAAUUUAUAUUUCAUUGUGAGAUCAAUAUACUUCUUUUCAACUCA